CGAUGUGAUUAUAUAUCAGACCCUGUCACUUGAUUAUGCUGUGAAGAGAGAUGUUGUGGCAUGCUUGACACCGAACACGCCAAUCCCCGAGGCACUUAUUGAUCUGUGGGCUCGUAUAAUGAACAACAAUGAGAAGCUCGGGAGUCGUGGCUCAGUAGCGUGUUUCUUUGCAACCACUCGUCCGUGUAAUGAGCUAUUUUUUAAGGGAAAGCGAAAAAAGGACGUGAAUUACAAGAAGUUCGUAGAGAGGCUAGAUUCAGAUAUCGGACGAAUGUGUGAACAUAACUGGAAGAAAGUUGCAUUG